AAAGUCAAAAAUCCAAAAAACGCCAUCACAAAAUUGAACGAGUCCAAAAUUUAUUUCAUUUCACAAGUCACAACAAAAAACCCAAAAGCCGCCAUUGCAUGUUAAUUAUUUUCAAUCUAAAAAAUUUACAAUUAUUAAACAUUUUCCAUACAUAACCAAUAUAUUCAAAAAAAAAAAUGACAUCAACUGAUGAUAAUAAAUCCCAAGAAAAACAAACCGAAAGAACCACAAGAAGCUCUGCCAACAAAGAAAUUAGCACUGGCGACGUCUACUUGAUACGUCGUUCGGAUGGCGAUGUCUAUCCCGCACAAAUAAUUCAAUCGAGAUGCAAUGAAAAUGAUUUUUCCAAUAAUGAAUUCUAUGUCCAUUAUGUUGGUUUAAAUAGACGACUUGACGAAUGGGUCCGUCGUGAUCGCAUUACCGACGCCACCGAAGCUGAAAAGGGUGAAAGCUCCACACCAUCUGACACUAACAACAGUGCCAAGACCUUACAGCAACUCAGUAAAGAACAAAUAGCUUCUCUUGAGAAUCCAUCAUCAGCAGAGAACAGCGAUAGGAAGGUAACAAGAAAUCAAAAGCGACGACACGAUGAAAUAAAUCACGUCCAAAAGACCUACGCCGAAAUGGAUCCUACAACUGCAGCUCUAGAAAAAGAACACGAAGCCAUUACGAAAGUUAAGUACAUUGACAAGCUGCGAAUUGGUAAGUUUGAAAUAGAUUCUUGGUAUUUUAGUCCUUAUCCCGAUGAAUACGGAAAAGUUGGAACUCUAUUUGUUUGCGAAUACUGCCUCAAAUACAUGAAACUAGAACGGACUUAUCGUUAUCACACAACCGAAUGCAGUCAGCGCCAACCACCUGGCAAUGAGAUCUAUCGCAAAGGAACAGUUUCCAUAUUUGAAAUUGAUGGCAAAGACCACAAACUCUAUUGCCAGACAUUGUGCCUGAUGGCAAAGCUAUUCUUAGAUCACAAAACCUUGUACUAUGACGUUGAACCAUUUUACUUUUAUGUUUUGUGUGAAAUUGACAAGAAAGGGGCUCAUAUUGUGGGUUAUUUUUCCAAGGAAAAAGAAUCUCCGGAGAGUAAUAAUGUUGCAUGUAUUUUAAUUCUGCCUCCGUACCAGAGGAAGGGAUAUGGCAAACUUUUGAUUGCAUUUAGUUAUGAGUUGUCACGUCGGGAAGGGGUUGUUGGCAGUCCAGAAAAACCUUUAAGUGACUUGGGUCGAUUAAGUUAUCGGAGUUUUUGGGCUUAUACGCUUUUGGAACUGAUGAAGGAUAAUCGAACAACUACACAGAGUAUCAAGGAAUUGAGUGAGCUGAGUGGCAUUACACAAGAUGAUAUUAUAUAUACUUUGCAAUCGAUGAAAAUGGUCAAGUAUUGGAAGGGACAGCAUGUUAUUUGUGUGACACCGAGAACUGUUAUUGAACAUUUGCAGUUGCCACAGUUUAAAAAGCCUAAAUUAACUAUUGAUUCGGCUUAUUUGCGUUGGAUUCCGCCAAAGCGUACAACAGCUGUUGGUGCUAAAUUCAAAAAGAACUUAUUAAACUGAAAAGGUUUAUGAAUGAUUGCUAGUUUGUAGUUUGAUUUAAAAAUAAAUAAAAUUUCUGAAAGAAUA